AUGUCCCCGCCACUUCUUGCCGGAUCCUUGCUCCGCCCCUUCACAAGCUCCGCCUACUUUUCCGGACUUCGGAACGCCCAUUUCUUGGCGUCGGUGCCGAUGAAGAAGCGAGGCGUCGAGGGAACACUACCGAAGGAUUAUUUCGAUAAUAAAACAGUCGUGGUCUACUUCUCUGCUGGCUGGUGUGGCUCGUGCAAGUUUUUGACUCCAAAAAUCAAGAAAUUCUAUAACGCCGUGAAGGAAUCAGAAGCCGGAAAGAAUCUGGAAAUCGUGUGGGUGUCGAAGGACAAAGAGGCCGCCCAUCAGGAGGAAUAUUAUGAGAAAAAUCUCCCCGAUUGGCCGUAUAUUCCAUUCGGAGAUGAGAAUAUUCAAAAACUAGCUGAAAAGUACAAAGCAGUAGUGAUACCGGUGCUGAAACUCGUGGAUUCCGAGGGAAACGUGGCACAUGAUCGUGUUCGUGCUGACGUGGAAGCUGGCAUCAAAGCGGAUCCAGUGAAGACUAUGGAGGAGUGGAAGAAGAUUCUGAAGCAGUGA